CAUUUUAUUAUGUAAAUAGGGGUGUCACAAUUUGGUAUCAGAGCGGGUUCCGUCCCGGCUCCGACCCGGGAUGGCGAUUUUUGGAGACCUGGUUUUAUUCGGUUUUGACGGUUUUAAACGAUUUCAAAAUAUUUUCGGGGAUUUGGGAAUUUUGAAAAUAAAAAUAAAUAGCACCUUUCCGUUCGAUAUCACUUCUCCUUAAAUGUUGGUAUCCAAAGUUCAGCGUAAGUUAACUUUUCGCUUUCCUUUUAGAUGCCGCCAAGGAGAAGAACCACCCGUGCCCAGACCGCCAGAGCCGUUAGAGACAAUGUAGAUGAGCAUGAGCAUCCCGCAGUUCCACCACCCGCGGCUCCACCAGUUGAUCAGGAUGCAUUGAGACAGAUGGUUCAGGAUGCUGCUAGACAGGCCGCUCAGGAGGCACUUCAGCAGAUUGCCCAGGAGGCAGCCAGGCAGGCCGCUCAGGAGGCCGCCCGAGUAGCUGCUCAGGAGGUUGCUCGUCAGAUGGCUGCCGUUCAGCAGGGUCCUCAGGUUCAGGUGCAGCAGGGUCCGCAGAUUCGGGUUCAGCAAGUUCCUCUGGUUCAGGUCCAACAGGAUCAGCAGGGUCCAGUUCAGCAGUUUGCUCAUGGUGUUCAGGAUCUACCGCCACCACCACCGCGACCUCAUGUUUACCCGGUUUAUGAUGAGAGGUUCUACAGGCUGACAUGUCAGAUGAGAAACAUGGAGAUGGAGCAUUUUAGCGGAACAGUGGAUGCUGUAGCUGCACAUGAUUGGAAGUUAGCCUUGCAGCGGAAGCUGGAGAUUAUUGAGUGUCCACCAGAGUUGUCGCUCAGAUUGACUAUGCAGUACCUUCGUGGAGAUGCUCUUAUAUGGUGGGAGGGAAUACGAUUGAGUCACUUUGGGCCAGAGAGGCUUACCUUCGCAGACUUCAUCCGAGAGUUCGAUAGGAAAUACUUUCCGAAGGAAGCUAUGGAUAGGAAGAAAUGCGAGUUCGAGCAUGUAAGUCAGGGUAAGAUGUCUAUCAGGGAGUAUGAGGUUGUGUUUAACCAACUUCGCAGGUUUGCUGGAGAGGGCAUUUUAGAGGAAGACCUGAUGAGGAAAUUUUUGAAUGGGAUGCGAGUAGAGAUUCGUAACAGGUGCCGUGUCGCCACUUAUCACAGAUUGGGAGACUUGGUGGAGAAAGCUGCCGAGCAGGAGGCAGGUUUGGCAGAGGAGCAGAAGUACACCAAGGCAGAUCAGCCUAAGUUUGGAGGGACUUUAGAGGCACAGCAGAGGACAUGGGACAAACCGAGCAUACAAUGCUUUUAUUGUGGAAAGAUGGGACAUAAGAGUAGGGUUUGUCGGAGUAGGCUAUUUGAUGCCCAGGUUGCGCCACCAGCAGCGGCAGCAGCACCAGUAGUGGAUGUUAGGAACUGUUUUGGUUGUAACCAGCCUGGUCACAUUUUCAGAGACUGUCCGAGGAGGGGUAAUGCAGCGCUUCCACCACCACCGAAGCGUUUAGCCAUCGCUCCACGUGUGUUUACGGUUGGAGAUCCCCAGGGAGCUGAGCCGAUAGCGGAUUUGGAGUCCAUUUGAGCAGCUGGAGGUCAUAUAUACCACUUCUCUUUAUUGCUAAGGUUAGGGCUAUUCCGUUAAAUCCCGAGCUAGUUUAGUACUACCAUUAUGGAAAGUUUAGUUUCGAAACAUGAUCCGUCUUUGUGAAUCGAGUCUAUUUGAGAGUCUUGUUUGUUCAUUAUUGAUAUUGAUUGUUAAUUGGAAUUAGGAUAAUAGAGGAUUCAACGAUUGUGUGAAAUAAUUGAUGCUAAGAACUGCUAUAUAUAUGUAUAUACAUAGUUAUGAGUAGGGACUAUGUGAUGAGGGCGUGAGUUCAGAGAUGUCUGAGCUUCGACGCUACAGUGUGGUAUGGGCGUGAGUUCAGAGACGUUUGAGCUUCCACACUAUUGUUUGGGGCGUGGUGCAGAGACGUUUGCAUUCGACGCUACGAUGGGCGGGGGUACAGAGACAGACUGUACUAGCGACGCUUCGAGUAUAUGUAUAUAUCCUUAUGAGGAGAUGCGUGGUGCAGAGAGUAGCUAUGUACUUUAAGCGCAUGAGUUGUAACGGCUAGUCCUCUAGCCGAAUAUUGAUUGUUAUGUGUGGUGUAAUAGGCACCGUGUUUGUUUCAUGCUAGAGCUAGGCCUACAUUUUAGUAGUGCUAUGAACUCAGUCUGUGGUUUACGGUUUAGCAUCCCAUACCUCACUGGGCGAUUCCCCUGUCGCUCACCCCUCCUUCUUUCCCCCUUUCAGGAAAGACCGACUAGCAGGAGUGAUUAUACCGGACCGGUGCUUUUGGGCUUUUACUACUAUUGGGCUUUUGGGCUUCUAUCGUUUUAUCGCUUUUAUCGUUAUCGGGCCUGUAAGCCUUUGGGCUUUUAUCGUUUAUGUUAUUUCGUAUUUCGGACUCUCGGUUUAUGUCGUACUUUAUGUUUCAGAUUUUAUUUUAUAUUAUGGAAUUCAAGCGUGGAUGUUGAUUUUCAAAUAUUUAUAUAUGGAUAUUUCA